AUGUUUGUACAGCAGGAACUCAACUCAACUAUACUUACUCUUAUUCCCAAGAAUAAGUGUCCUAAUGGUGUGAGUGAUUUUAGGCCUAUUGCAUGCUGCAAUGUGGUUUAUAAGGUUGCAACUAAAAUGAUUUGCUCUAGGCUUAGACAGAGUUUACCUGAUUUGGUAGCACAAAACCAAAGUGGCUUUAUUCAAGGCAGGUUCAUUGCCUAUAAUAUUAUGGUAGUACAAGACUUGGUGAGACAUUAUGGACGGAAAGGAACAAGACCAAAUUGUAUGAUCAAGUUAGACCUUCGGAAAGCAUAUGACACAUUAGAAUGGGGCUUCAUUGAAGAAAUGCUUUCGGCACUGAAUUUUUCAGCAAGCUUUAUCCGCCUAGUAAUGAUGAUGUUUUAUUCUUUUGUCAUGGGGACUUUAAGUCCAUUUAUUAUUUGCUUCAAAGGGUUGAAACUAUUUUCGAUGACUUCUGGCUUGCAACCAACUGAUUCUAAAACAGGCUUUUACUGUUGCGGUAUGGCUGAUACUGAGAUUCAGAGAGUCCUGGAAGCCUCGAGGUUUUCUCGAAGCGAGCUGCCAUUUAAAUAUUUGGGACUUCCAAUAUGUGCUAGAAGACUUUCAGCAUCAGAAUGUGAAGUGUUGGUGGAAAAAAUGAUCCAAAAAAUUCGAAUUUGGGGAUCUCGGCAUAUCUCUUUUGCUGGUCGGGUUACCUUAAUUAAUUCUGUGCUCAUCUCCAUUCACUCUUACUGGGCACAAAUUAUGGUAAUACCAAAGAGAGUGCUCAAAAAGAUUAAUACCAUCUGCAGGUCCUUUUUAUGGCGAGGUAGUGCUGAAUCCUACACUCCAAGGUAUGUAGCUUGGGAGCAAUUAUGUAGAUCCAAAUCUGAAGGGGGUUUGGGGAUUCGAAACUCACUGCUUUGGAACAUGGCUGCAAUUGCUAAAUAUGUUUGGGCUAUAGCCUCAAAGCAAGACAAUUUAUGGGUGAGAUGGAUACAUAGUGUUUAUCUGAAGGAUGAGAAUUGGUGGGACUAUAUUUCUCCUAUUAAUGGCAGUUGGUACUGGAAACAGAUUGUAAGAGUCAAAGAAAAAUUCAAACUUCUUCCUAAUUGCCAGGCUAUGAUGAUAGGGAAGUAUAGUGUCAACAUGGGUUACAAGAUGCUUUGUGAGGAGCAAGAGAAGGUGACUUGGUACCGAGAGGUAUGGAAUCGAUAUAAUGUUCCUAAACACAGCUUUAUUACUUGGCUAGCAAUUCAGAAUCGUUUACAGACCAAAGACAGGUUGGUUUCUUUCCAUAUCAGCCAAGAUUCAACUUGUAUUUUCUGUGGUGAAAAUGCUGAGACAGUAACACAUCUGUUCUUUGAGUGUGAAUUCAGUGCUAGAUGUUUUGUAGAGAUCAAGAAGUGGUUGGAUUGGAAAGUGAGGAAUAGGCCUUUGUUAGAACUGUUACGAUGUAUCUCAAGGGCGAAAUUUCAUCGCUUCAAGAAGAAGGUGAUAUGGGCAGCGAUUGCUAGUAUGGUUUAUCAAAUUUGGAUAAACAGGAAUGACUGUUUAUGGAACCAAAAAAUACAAACAAUUACAGCUUGUGUACAGACUCUGUUUUAUGUUAUUGUCGUUUUACUUGCUAUACUUUACCGUUUUCAUCAUCAAGUUGAUCCAAAGGUUUAUCCAAACGACAUGUCGUUUCGUUUUCAUCAGCUUUAG